CAGAGAAGGAAAACUUCAUAGAAAUGGCGGAGGGUGCAACGAGUCUCAAAGGCUUGCGAGCCCAAAUGGCUGCAGCUGCACAGGCACAAGCAGAGGAACGGCGCAGCCUGUCAGGAAACAGUCCAGGACCUACAACCAAUGCACCAGCUAAACCUCAGGGGUGUAAGCCAGUCCUUGACGGUGCCUCACUUAGAAUAGACGACCGACUGCGAGUAGCAAAAGAGAGGCGAGAGGAGGCAGAGAGACAACAGGCAUUACGUGAGUCACAGAUCAUGGAGCGGGAGCGCAAGUCCAAACUGCAAGUGGAGCGUCAGAUGGAGGAACGUCAGAAAAAGGUUGAGGAACAGCGAAAGAAGGAGGAACAGAAGCGAAUUGCUGUGGAGGAGAAGAGGAAGCAGAAACAAGAAGAGGAAAAGGAGCACUACGAGGCAGUGAUGCGGAGAACACUGGAGCGUAGCCAGCGAGUGGAGCAGAGACAAAAGAGAUGGUCCUGGGGAGGACUGUCCACAGACUCAGAUGGACGAACAGGAGACUCUGAUGCCAGCGCCUCAUCUCCAGUAACUAUAGUUAUCUCCCCUGCCUCACCAGAAAAGCCACCAAGGAGUCGACAAGUGGAUAAGCGUUCCACAUCCACCAUGAACUUGAAACAGCCAUACGAGGCUGGCAUCAAUAAACGCCUAUCCUCUUCCUCUGCCACCCUCAUCAAAUCUCCUGACAAAAGUGUUAAGCCAAGGAGUUCGUCUUGUAACCGGUUGCCUAGCAAUGGCAUUGCUGCUCAGGCCAGUAAGGAAGACGGCAAAAAACUUCAGGUGGAACAGACAGGCCGUUCCAUGAAGAAGAGAAGUUCCUCCCUCACACGAGUAAGUGUGGGCAGAGCACAGACCCCUGCCAAGCCUGAUAAGGGGACGACGGAUGAUCAAGCUCGCAGGCCACCAGGCGGCACUGUGGAAGGAGGGGUCCUUAGUCGCCUGCUCACUCCCACCCAGGCCUCACUAGCUAGGAGCAAGAGCGCCGCCGCCCUUUCCAGUGAAGGAACAGAUGCUCCAGCCUCUGCCAGCCCCCUGCACCCGCCACGUGGGCCCGUGCGCAGCCGCAGCAUCGACCGACAGAAGAGCGGCAUGACCACCUCUGUCUCAGCCAACGGAGCCCUCGACUCUUCACUGAAGGACAAGCCGUCGACACCGCCUGGGGGUCAACGUCCCCCCUCCCCAUCUACCAGCCUGGGACGCCAUCGUUCACCAUCCCCAGCCCCCAAUCCAUCUCCAAAGAGGACUCCCUCCCCAGGAGCAACCAAGCAAAGUUCCAAGACACGCCCACCCUCACCUGGUGCAAUGAAACAACGUCCCCCAUCACCCCAGCCAAUGUCUUCCAAACCCCCACCCAUCCAGAAACCAGCUCUCACCCCAACAGGGCCACCCAUGUUGCGAAAGAGAGACUCCAAGACUAAGGAUGGGUUGUCUCUCCAGGGUGUAGGUUCACAGUCCUCUGAUUCUAGCAAGACCAAAGACAAAGAUGACUCAAAGGGCGCAACAGGCACCAGUUCGGCUGCUGAGGCGGCCAAGAUCCUGGCUGAGAACCGCAGGCUGAUGCGAGAGCAGAAGGAGAAAGAAGAGCAACUCAGGAAAGAGAAGGAGGAGGAAGAGAAACUGAGAAAAGAAGAGGAGCAGCGUUUAGCGGAGGAGGCUCGACUAAUACGCCUGGAGGAAGAGAAAAAGCUUGCAGAGGAGAGGAAAAUUAAAGAAGAAGAAGAUGCUGUUAAAGCAGAGGAAGAACGAAUAAGGCUGGCAGAAGAGGAGGCAGUGAAGCAGGCUGAACUCCAGAAGGAACGAGAGGAGGCGGAGGCCAAGGCCGCAGAGGAGGCAGAAAGAGUCCGUCAGGAGCGAGACCGCAUCAUGCAGCAGAACCAGCAAGAACGUAUGGAGAGGAAGAAGAGAAUUGAAGAAAUCAUGAAGAGAACUAGAAAAGGGGAACAAGGUGACUUGAAGAGAGAGGACGAUAAAGGCAUGCAGGAGAAUGAAGAUGAGGAAGUGGAUGAGAUGAACUGUGAAAGCAAGGCUGAGAUGCUUGACAUGGCUGACUACGCUACAGAGGCUGACAGAGAUGACUGUGGUCUGUCCUCUGGCGAGCCAGUGCCACAACGAGAAGAGCCCCUCGGCAGCGUGAAUGGAAAAGGAGAGAUGGACGACAAGGAGAAUAAAAAUGGCAUGAGCACAGAUGAGACUCAGGCUGUUAGCCCACUACCUAAGGGCCGUCUUGUGGAGGGUUCAGAGUUCACGAACGAGCAGGACUCUGCCAUGGUAGUCUCAAACCUCAACGGUAAGUCCAACCAGUGGAGCUUCGAGGAACUCAUUGACCUCAAUGUACACUCAAAGACCCGGCCCCUUAUCGAGGCAGAGGACUGCAACCAGGUAUUGAUUAACUGUGAUGGCCCAGAUGGGACCAGGGUAGCCUUUGAAGACAAGGGAACCCCAGUCAACACCCUGCAUUCCUCAAAUCAACCUAUAGAAACCCUGUCAGAGAUUUGAUGCUGCAGCUGUCGCUGAGAAGUCUCUCUUCUUGUUGCACUCCUAAAGUUCCUGUCCAGCUGAGCUCCUUAAAAAGUUCUCUACCAGUUCCAAACAGCUUCCUCCUCUUUCUCCUCCACCUAUUCCUGGGGGAGGAGCACAAGGUGAAGCGGAAAGACCACCCUAAGUGCUAAAUUUGCACCCUAUAUGAUGAGGAAAAGAUUUUAUGAUUAGUCUAUAUAAGAAAACAUGUUACGCUUCAGGGAAAUUCCAUAUAUUCCUUCAAUGUGCUUGCUUCAGGUCUCUUUCCUCUUCCUCUUGUGUCUAGUUCUUUUUUUUUUCUAUGUCAUGUCCAAUUUCAGUGAUGUUUUUUAAGAGUUUUGUGUUUGUCAGGGGUGCAUUGUUGUAAUUUAUUAAUUUUGGCUUCUUUGUUAUUGUAAUUAUUGUUUAGGUUUUUUUCCUCUUAUAACAAAAUAUUCCAGGACAUAUGCACAACAGGCUGUGACCUGAAUAUGAGGUUAAUAUCGUGAGUUUAUG